AUGGAAGAGGAAUUUUACAAUGCGUUUGCGACACCGAUUGCUCCUGUUACUGCUGCCGAAACAUUGUACGGUGAAAAUGAGACAGGAACUUACCAAAAACCACCUAAGCUAAUUUUCAUUGAAGAUUUUAAAGGUUGGCAAAAUAGAUUUGAGAACUGGGUGCAAGCAUACAAGUUUGAUGCAUGGUGUGCUUUAAACAAAGACUACGAGAAACCGAAAAACGAGCGUGGGCUUGAAAAAGCUUUUUGUGAUUUUUCAGAGAGUGAUAAAUUGAAGUAUACAAGUGAGAAAAUGAUGAUUAGUCUUCUACAACAAGCGGUAAAGGAAGAUAUCUUUGUUUUGCUUCAACAUGAGGGUACUGCUAGAUCGAUUUGGAAUGCAUUGAUUCAAAAGUUCAAAGGAAGUGCAGAUAUGAUUAAAAACAGAAAGGCAUUACUGAAGAAAUCAUUUGAUAUGUUUGUAGCUUUCAAAGGUGAAUCAACAAAAAUGACCAUCGACAGAUAUUGUCAUCUUGUUUUGGAAAUGGGAAGAUUGGAUAUAAAGAAAGAUGAUGAGGAGUGGGUUGAUAAACUUGCUGAAGCGCUACCACAGCAUAAGUGGGGAACUUACUUGAUGAUUUUGAAACAAUUGAGGAAGUCUGAGAAUAUGAAUUUGGCACAGUUCAUUCAGAAAAUUGAAGACCAUGAAUUGGAAAUUCAGAAAGCUGCUAUCAUGACGAAUCCAAAUGCUCAACAAGAUGUCAGUUUGUAUUAUAGGGGAAACAAAUUUGAAGUUACUCCAAGUCCUAAGAUUCAGACUGGUUUCAAUGCUGAUAGUUCAUCUGGAACAAAGGGUAGUAAUGUGACUCAAAGUGAUGAAAAGUUAUCUUCGUAUUCAAGUUUUGAUCCGAAUUUUACAACUUCAAGUUCCCAGUCAAAAACUUCAACAAAUUUCAACGGUCAAAAUCUGCAAUGCAAUGUCACUUUGAAUUUUCAAAAUGGUCACAAUCUUUCUCCAGAAGUUGCAAAACAACAUAUGGCAUCACUUGCUACUAUGUUAGAGUCAUAUGAAAGUUUUAGCUGGGAUAAAUACGUUCAAGAAAACCCACACUUAAGCUCAGCUUUUGUUGCUCGAAUCUUGGAGGAAACAUCGUUCAAAUCUAAACCGAAAACAAUGUCGAUUUUUCCAGAAUUGGGAGUUGAUGCAGAUACCGAUGAUGAAGAAGAAUAUAUUGAAAAAGCUAAGAGAGGUUUAGAUACUGAUAGUUUUAAUUUGUUUUUUGUAGAAAAGAUCGAGAUGCUGAAAGAAAAAAGAGCAGCUCGGUUAAAAAAAGAAUGGGAAGAGACAGAAGCAAGAAAAGCUGCAGAAGAAAAAGCAAAAGCAAAAGUAGAAGCUAAGAAAGCAGAAGUUGAAGGAAGUUCAACAAAGGAAGCUGAGGGACAGAAAGCUGAAAUAGAAUCUGAAGAACCAGUGGUUGAAAAGAUUAUAGAAAAAAUUGUUGAAGUUGAAAAAUUAGUAGAAGUGGAGAAACUUGUCGAAGUUGAGAAAGUCGUCGAGGUAGAAAAAAUUGUUGAGGAUGAAAAAGUUGUCGAGAUUGAAAAGAUAGUUGAAGUCAUUCAACCUCGUCAGAAAUGUUUGGAGUCUUGCAAACAUUGUGAAGAGAAAGACAAGAAGAUUAGUGAACUGGAAGUGCUGAAAGAAAAUUUGUUAUCUGAUGUGAAGUAUGUGAAGGAGUCGUAUGAUGUUUUGAACAGGACGGUUGAUGGUUUGAACAAACAAAUCGAGAAGUUGAUGUUGCUAUGA